CUUUCGGUUUUCGUUUCAAUUGCUUCACUUUGCAGUUGUGGGACGCUUUUAGUUUUGUGUGUUUUGGUCUCUCGACUCUUUUCGUCAUCUGUGUGCCCGCUUUGUAAAUCAUGCCCGAAUUAGAAGAGACGAAAGCUAAAACGAGCUUUGACCCUAAUAUAUUGCAGGACUUACUACCGCUGUACUAUAAGCGAUUAUUUCCCCAUAAACAGUUUUAUCGAUGGAUGUCUUACGGACGUUCGGAAGUUUCGGUAUUUUCCAAUCGAGAGUUUUCGUUCACUCUGCAGGAUGACAUCUACAUUCGGUACCAAUCGUUCGAAAAUCAACAAGACCUCGAGCGGGAAAUAUGCACAAAAGCGCCGUUCAAAAUUGACAUCGGAGCCGUCUACAACAUACGCCCGAAAGAUCAUCGCGGCAGCAUUGCCAUGCAUCCGGUCCAGCGCGAACUCGUGUUUGAUAUCGAUAUGACAGAUUACGACGAUAUUCGUACAUGCUGCAACGAGGCCAAUGCAUGCCAGCUGUGCUGGAAGUUUAUGUCCAUUGCGUGUCGCGUACUGGACGAAGCUUUGCGUGAGGAUUUCGGGUUUGAUCACUUGCUGUGGGUAUUCAGCGGUCGCCGUGGUAUACAUUGUUGGGUGUCGGAUAAAUCGGCCCGACACCUGGACACGGCUGCUCGUUCAGCGAUCGCGCAAUACUUAAAUGUACUCAUUUCCGGCGGCGAGGGAUCAACUUCGCGCGUCAUCAUCCACGAUGAGAUGCAUCCGAGUGUAAAACGGGCGUACCGUAUCAUCGAACCAAUGUUCGAGGAGAUAUGCCUUGUGGAUCAGAAUAUUUUCGGCACGGCCGAGGGCGUAAAGAAACUGCUGGCCAACAUUCAGGAUCCCGCCACUCGCACGGACCUCGAGAAGCGCCUCAAGUCGGCACAGGGCGAUUCUAAGCGCGUAUGGAAGGAGUUUACAUCAUAUUUCGAAGAGCUGCGCGUAACGGGCAACAAUCGUUAUCGGCGGUACAAGUUCGUCGUCGAGGAAACCAUUCUGGCGUUCACGUACCCGCGCCUCGACAUCAACGUUACGAAAGGAUUUAACCACUUGCUGAAAUCACCAUUCUGCGUGCACCCGAAAACAGGGAAGGUCUGCAUACCCUUCAAUCCCAAUAUCGCCUUCAAAUUCGAUCCGACCGAUGUGCCAACGAUAACCGAUCUGCUGAAGGAAGUGAACACGUUCGACGAAAAAAACACAGUCGAAGGUGAAGAGACACGCUCACGGAUUAAGGACUACAAAAAAACGAGCAUGUUCAAGGGGACCGUAAUCUUCGAGGAGUUUCUCCGAAAGUUGGAGCAGACAUUCAAAGGCAAGGCGGCGGCGCUCAGCGACAAAAAAAUGGAGUUCUAAGGUGAAACAUUACGUCAUGUCAUUUCCGUUACAUUUGAACCGUAAUAAAUUCGCUUUAGCAAA